AGAUUUUUGUAUUUCCUACAGCUCUAAGGUCCUCAGCAGCCUCCACAAACACAGGCUGUAGGAGGUGUGGCUUGUCUGAGUUAAAUAAUGAUGACCCUACAGAGCUUAUAAAAUAGCCCAGGAGGAGCACAUAACCAACAUUGGGUCCUCCACAGUUUAGUGACUUUGGAAAAAAAACUCAGCGACGUCCUUCAUCUGGGUAACUAAGGUCUUCUUGAAGUCUGUCAGUUCAGCAAAAGGUUUGUACCUUGUGAGACUGCUCACCCCAACAUGAAGGUGAUUUUGUUGCUGCUUCCUGGACUAAUUGGUCUCUUCCGGACUACAGAGGGGCAAACAUUUCAUCUUGGACAAUGUCCAGAUCCGCCAGUUCAGAAUAAUUUCAAUAUGAUGAAGUACCUGGGAAAAUGGUAUGAGAUUGAAAAGCUACCGGUGAGCUUCGAGAAGGGAAACUGCAUACAAGCAAACUAUUCCAUGAAAGAAAACGGAAAGAUAAAAGUGAUCAAUCAGGAGAUUCUACCUGACGGGACUGUGAAUCAAGUUGAGGGUGAAGCCACUCAGGCAAACCUCAUAGAGCCUGCCAAACUGGGAGUCAAGUUUUUCUGGUUGAUGCCUUCUGCCCCUUACUGGGUACUGUCCACUGACUAUGACAACUAUUCACUUGUAUAUUCCUGCACUACUUACAUCUGGCUCUUUCACGUGGAUUACGCUUGGAUUCUGGCCAGAAAGCCUCAGCUUCCUCAGACAACGGUGAAAUACCUGAAAAACAUGCUUGCCUCCUACAACAUCGAAACCAAGAAAAUGAUAGCCACGGACCAAGAGAACUGCCCCAAAGUUCUGUAAGGAGACUGCGGCUGGUGGCUUUAGGAGCCUAUAAGCUUUUGCUUCUUAUACCCUGGGCACGAUUUUGUCCUCACGCUAAUCAUGUAAAUGGAAACAGCAGCAAGAUAGCAGAUGGAAUACUUGUCUUUGAGCAAAAGGGGCCUGGCAUCUGACUCCUGGGCCCCUGGCUAGCUUAAUAAAGUCACUGUUGACCUGUGCUGCUAAAGUGGUUAGUAUAGGAUUUCUGUUUCAAGCGCACGCAUUUGAAAGCCAACCUGAAUUAUGUAAAAGCAGCCAAGGCUUCAGCAUUGUUCCAUAAUAAAAUAGCCUAAUUAAAAGA